CCAAAGACAAUCAUGAAUAACAGCGAAAUGUGUUCCAUUUGAUUCUUUAAUAUUCUCGUGACGUUUGCGUUGUUGUUGUCGCUUGAUACAGCGUAUCUUUCGUGAGUCUGUGAGACGCGUCAGCGGGUGGUAGUGAAUUCACACACGUGUUUUUAUUAUGGAGAUUCUGGGCAGCACUUUUGAUGAUUCUGUGUUUGAGGAAUCACGCAACAGAGUCUCAGCAGCAGUUCUGCCUACAUACGAGCCCAAACUCUGCGAACCUCUGUGGUUUUGUCACAAUGAAAAUAUCGAAGAUGCAUUACAGGAGCAAAAAACCCUUAAAUAUCGAGGGGAUCUGGCGUACAUGAGGAAACAGUAUCAGUUGGCUCUGGAUGAGUACAAAUCCUGCCUCUCUCUGGUACCUGGUGGAAACACAUCAGUUAAGAGAGAUGUGCUGGAAGCGAUUGCACGAUGUUACUGUCAUCUGGGAAGAAAAGAAGAGGCUCUAAAUGUCUGCGAGAGGCUGAGGAUAGAAGUAUCCAACACCUGUCACCUCACCUGCCUCCUUCAGUUGGAACUGAGCAUUCAUGAACAUUAUAGAGAUCUUACAAACAGCAUCUCCAGCCUGCAGCAGUUGUGCUGCCUGCAUCCGUACCACACAUGGCACUGGCUGAAUCUGGCCAAGAGCUAUCAGAGACUCCUGGAGUCUGAUUCCCGCCCAGAGAGAUCCAAACAUUUCCAUCCCAACAGAACUGAGAAAGAACAUGACAAGAAAUCGACGACAAACAACAUUUUAGAACUGAAGGCCAUCAUGUGCUUUAUUAGAACAAGGUUGCUCAUUGACAUCCUGAGGAUUCAGCAGUUCUCAUUCGUGCUGGAGAACAGCCAAAGGGCUCUUCAAGACAUUGAGGAAGCUCUACAUGUUCUGCAGCCAGAGGAGAAAACGCUUCAAACGAUUUCUGAGGUGAUGGCAGAAGACCUCAAUCCAGAGAAGAUGAGGGAGGAAACCCAAGAUGGUGAGAGUUUAUCAGGGCUUUAUAUUAAAGACUUUGAUGAGAGAUGGUGGAACAAACUGCACACAAAAUUGCAGGAGAUUGCAGUUUUAUCCAUUCACCGAACACUUGAAGUGUUAAUAUGAAUAUCU